UUUCAAAUUCUUGAUACUGGAAACCUCUACUAGGGUUUAACCAAUUCCAAUUCCAAUUCCAAUGGCAAUGCCCUCUGCUCUCUGCUUCCUCCUCUCCAGAACCACAUCUCGCCCUCUCUUUCAAUCUCGUUUCACCCAUUCCCUUCUCCGAACCUUCCCUUCCUUUUUUGCCCAGGUAUCAUAUUCCCCUUCCAGAAGCUUCUCCACCGAGGCCUCCGAAGUGAUCACACAAGACUUGAAUUCUUCUAUCGCCGCUUCUUUGAAUCUCGACAAUCGUAUUCCCGCUACCGUCAUCACUGGAUUUCUCGGCUCUGGAAAGUGUGAUGAUAUAUCUUCGCAGACCACGCUUUUGAAUCAUAUAUUGACAUCUCAACAUGGAAAGCGAAUUGCUGUCAUAGAGAAUGAGUUUGGUGAAGUAGAUAUCGAUAGUUCGCUCGUUGCUAGUCAUUCCUCAUCUAAUGAGGACAUUAUCAUGGUAAAUAAUGGUUGUCUGUGCUGUACUGUGCGUGGAGACCUUGUCAAAAUGCUUUUGGAGUUGGUGAAGAAGAAGCGUGACAGUUUUGACCACAUUGUUAUAGAAACGACGGGUCUUGCGAAGCCUGGUCCAGUGAUUGAAACAUUUUGUAGCGAUGAACUGCUUUCACGCCACGUGAAACUUGAUGGGGUUGUUACUUUAGUUGACUCCAUGAAUGCCAUGAAACAUUUGAAUGAAGUCAAACCAAGGUUUGUCGUAAAUGAGGCUGUGGAACAAAUUGCUUAUGCGGACCGUAUUAUUUUGAAUAAAAUAGAUUUGGUGACUGACACCGAGGUAGAGGUGUUAAAGAAGAGGAUUAAGCUUAUCAACGGGAUGGCACAAAUAAGAUUGGCUAAGUAUGGGUUAGUUGAUAUGGAUUUCGUUUUGGGAGUGGGAGGCUAUGAUCUUGACAGAAUUGAAUCUGAAGUUAAAUCAGAUGAUUCUCAUUGUUCUCAUCAACAUGAAGCUGGACAUGAGCAUCACAAGGGGCACCAUCAUGAUCACGUGCACGAUUCUGCUGUCUCCAGUGUCAGUAUUGUUUCUGAAGGAACCUUAGAUCUUGAUUAUUUUGACGAUUGGCUCGAAAGAUUGGUGGAAGAGAAAGGGGAUGACCUUUACAGGAUGAAAGGAAUAUUGUCAGUGAGUGACUCUGAACAGCGUUAUGUUUUCCAGGCUGUGAAUUCUAUUUUUGAUGGCUGCCCAGGCAAGGAAUGGGGCUCUGAUGAGAAACGCAUAAACAAGCUUGUCUUCAUAGGGAGGAACUUGGAUGAAACUGCCCUGAGGAAAGGCUUCAAAGGCUGUUUAGUAUGAGAAGUUGGGUGAUCUGGGGUUGGUAUUUUCACCCCCAUGCACGAACCAGGGAUCUUGCUGCAAAUCAUAGAUUUGGGUAAAUUUCAAUGCAUAAGUGAUCGAUGAAAGUUGUCCUUGAUAGCCCGAGCAUGAGGAAACCUACGUAAAUCCGUAGAAGGAUGUUGAAGUAUGAUCAAUCAUAUGCUCGUGGGAAAGGAGAGCGAAAUCAUAUUAGUUCUGGAGACUAAUUUAGGGGAAUUGAUGCUGGUUGUUGAUAGAAUGCCCCAUGCCCUUAUGUAUUUGACGUGGUGAAUUAGUGUAUUUUAUGGCCUCUAUUUCUGCGGUACUCUUAUGUCUUCUGUUCACACUUAGGUCCAGACAUUAUGGGGGAAAUUCUUGGAAUGUUAUCGAAGAUUACACCUCGCUGAGGGAAA